CGUGCUGUGGGCCGACAAGCGGAAGUGACGUGCACCGCGCUCCACGUCUCACUUUCGCAAUCUUCCGACAGCCAGAGAGAAGCCGAAGUGGAAGAUGGCUGCGGUGGAGCGUCCCCCGGCGAAAGAGGGGGCUCGGAUAGUGUUCCUGUGCGUGUGCUGGUACACCGUGAGCUCGGGGGGCAACGUGGUGAACAAGAUCAUCCUCAAUGGCUUCCCUUAUCCCGUCACGGUGUCGCUCUUCCACAUCUUCUCUAUCGUCCUCUUCCUUCCACCGCUGUUGCGGGCAUGGGGAGUCCCGAAGAUCGAGCUGCCCAGCAGAUAUUUCCGCUGGUACAUCAUUCCCCUGGCUUUCGGGAAAUACUUUGCCUCUGUUUCGGCCCACUUCAGCAUAUGGAAAGUGCCAGUUUCCUACGCACACACCGUAAAAGCCACAAUGCCAAUUUGGGUCGUGCUGCUGUCAAGAAUUAUCAUGAAGGAGAAGCAAACGACGAAGGUGUACGUCUCCCUCAUCCCCAUCAUCGGAGGGGUGCUGCUGGCCACCGCCACGGAGUUGUCCUUCGACAGUCUGGGGCUCAUCAGCGCCCUGGCGGCCACGCUCUGCUUCUCCCUGCAGAACAUCUUCUCCAAAAAGGUGCUGCGGGACACGCGGAUCCACCACCUGCGGCUGCUCAACAUCCUGGGCUUCAACGCCGUGUUCUUCAUGGUGCCCACGUGGGUGCUGGUGGACCUCUCCUCCUUCCUGGUGGACCCCGAUCCGACGGACACAACGGGCUGGACCCGCACCUUCCUCCUGCUGCUGGUCAGCGGGUUCUGCAACUUUGCCCAGAACGUGAUCGCCUUCAGCGUGCUGAACCUGGUCAGCCCGCUGAGCUACGCCGUGGCCAACGCCACCAAGCGCAUCAUGGUCAUCAGCAUCUCGCUGUUCAUGCUGCGCAACCCCGUCAGCUCCACCAACAUCCUGGGCAUGAUGACGGCCAUCGUGGGCGUCUUCCUCUACAACAAGGUGAGCCUCCAGGCCACUGGGUGGCACUGCUGCGCACAGGCAAAGUACGACGCCAACCACGAGAAGAAGCUGCUGCCCAGCAGCAAGCAGGACCUGGUGACCUUUGACUCCCCGGCGCCGCUGGAGAGGUUACAGGCCAACGGGGUCUCCCUGCCCUUCACGCACGGGUCGGAGCCACAGCACAACCGCAACAACGUGCUGACGGACCACUUCCAGUAUAGCCGGCAGGCCUACACGACGAACCACCAGUACGUGGUCUAGAACGCUGGGGCCUCUCCAUGGACUUGACUGUAUGUAGCUAACCCCCCCCCCCAUGCCCCCCAGACACCCCCACACACCCCACCUUAGUGUAGCGACGGCCAGGCUUGGACAGCCCUCCCUGAGUGUGCGAGUUGAGCUAAGGGACCGUUCUUAUCACGCCGGGGCUGAUGGGAGAUGUAGUUGUAAGAUCAGAAAGGCCAGUAGCCUCAUCUGCCCAACAAGCCCACCUCCGCAGUCACUUUUCUUAGCGGUUCACCGGCAUAUCGUUUUUAUUUUUAUUUAUUGGUUUAGUUUUGGUACUCUGAUGUUAUGGUUUUUUAAUAGUAGACUUUUUUUUUUUGAGUCUACUAUUGGUGUGUGUGUGUGUGUGUGUGUGUGUGUGUGUGUGUGUGUGUGUGUGUGUGUGUGUGUGUGUGUGUGUGUGUGUGUGUGUGUGUGUGUGUGUGUGUGUGUGUGUGUGUGUGUGUGUGCGUGUGCAUGCACAUGUUGGGAGUGUACACGUUGCAUCUGAAUAAUUAUUUUCAUAUUCAAUCAAGCCACAGGUUGAGUUAAUUUGUGAACAUCUCUAGGGAAUCAUGCUCCAUGUGUUAUCUUUGUUCUAUAAAUGUCCCGUUCGCGGGCACCUUAGGAUAAUUCAAUGUUGGGGGUCAAAUGUAUCCUGCUCAUUAGAACCCAAAUUCAAUGAUAAUCUCGUCACAUGGAUUUGUUGUUUGUGCGAAAUACAAUAUUUGCAUGAUAAAACCAAAUAUUUAAAUUCAGAAAUAAAUGGUUACGUCUUUUUAUAUAUAUUUUUUUAGUAACUGCUACCGCCAUUGAAAACACUUUCGUCUGAUUAAUAUUCUGGUUAAGAAUUCAAGGGGUUGCGCAAUGUGAGCUAUAUUGCAGGCCCCGCCCCUUUCCAAGCAAGCAGGCGACGCCCCUUUCCCAGCAAGUGUACAAAGCUGAACAGCUGACCAAUCCUCUGUUCUCUUUGGCCCUCACACUACUCCUCCAAAAGAGGCUGAUGCUCUCAUUGGAUAAAAUCCUGCCCAUAUUGGGAACAACAAUCUAUUGUAACUGACCAGGCGUACGGGGUGUCGCAAAGAUACUUGUCUUCAGUAGCCAAAUAUCGAUUUGGAAAGAACAUUUCCAGAUGUUCACGUAGGAUCAUUGGUUUGGGGAAAUUCACCCCUGGUCUAAAAAUCAUUACGCACCUUUUCUGCAUAACUUGACACUGAGACUAUUUCUCAAGGCUAGAGUGGUCCAUGACCUGUCCUGUUAGGAUGACUUCGUGGCCAUCGACCAGAGAAGAGUGGAUACCAAAAUGAAGCGAUUCAAAUUUCUCAAACCAUAUGUAAGAGGCCAGCUGUGGGCCUUCCAGAUAUAAUUUUUUUAUGUAUUGUUUCUUUCGUCAUAUUUUCUACCUGAUGUGAGCUGUAUUAGAUGGGUCAAUGUUAAACUCAAGUUGUCAAACCAGUCGGCAUGUGUACCCUUAAGCACCUACAUGUUAGUAGGCUGGAAACGUUCAGAAUGUAAACGACUCUAGCAGUGUUAUGUCCCCUACAACUGACCAACCGUGUGACAUCAGCAAUGACUACGGAUUCCUCCAGGUAAACUACGAGCUAGUUGAAAGGUUACACAUGGCGACGUUAAUUAGAAUUGAAUAAUUAAUGUUUUUUUCAAUGUUUUAAUUCUGGGGUUCAGAUUAUGGUUGAGUAAAUCAUCUGUACGUGCGUAACACAAAUUCUUUCAACCACCAGAUUUGCACUUUGUUAAUCAAAGCAAGAUGAGUUUAGCAAUCAACACUGUAUUUUUUGUUUAUUUUUUUUAAGGAAGUCAGGCUAGCUAGCUAUCCUCUGAACAAAACAUUUUAAUAACUUGAUGUCAAGGCACGGGAAAUGUAUUAUUACUUUUACAAAUGAGGAAAUGAAGGAUUCUAUAUACCUGGUUGUUAUUAACAGAGCAAUGGUUAGGUGGUUUGUGAUGAUUAGCCUUCUUAGAGCCGAGCGAUCACUUAGCUUUGCUGAUGGGGUGUCUUAAUCUUUAUUUACUUGGAGGAUACUUAAUGAUAUACAUGGCACAACUCUUUUUUUUUUUUGCUUUUUUUUUUCUGUUAUCAGUAGAGAGAUCACAAUAAUAAAAAAAAGAAUGGGAGAGAUGAAGAUUCAUUUGAAAUCUGUUGCGGAUUACUUUAGUUUCUUUUGUCUUUUGUUUCUUUGUUAACAUGAAUGUCGCCCUGAAUCUCUGGUAUUGAAUUGUUCAAUAGGUCAUUUUUGUAUUUGUUGUCUAUCUCUUGAGGGUUCAAACCGAACACACUGCACCCCCCCUCCCCUCCCACCAUCGAUGAUAGCAAUAGUAUAACACUUUUAUUUUUAACUAUUUUGUUAACACGUCUCGCCAGUCUGUUUUUCCUGGAGUGGAUUCGCUUGCCUUUUUUAACUUCUACAUAUCUUGAUGAAACAUGUGACCCCAGCAAGGAUAAA